GCCACCCAGAACUGUCAGAAGACCGUCGGGUUUUUAGCCCGGAGCAUGCAAUUAAGAAAAAUAAAUAAAUAAAUUAAGCCGCCCUUCGUGCGUACAGCCGGCGUCGGUCCUCCUCGGCAGCCGACACCCGCGGCUGCUCUCCCGCAUGGCGACUUUACCCGCCGCUGACAGGAGGGCGUUCGCCCUGAAAAUCAACAGGCACUCCUCUGCAGAAAUAAGAAAGCAAUUUACUCUCCAACCAGGCUUUGCACAGUUCUGUCAACGAAGCUUAAGUACCCCUGGCUUUUCUACUCUUCAUCUGCCUUCCUUUUAUGACGCAGUAGACCCAGUAGAUUUUGAAGGCUUCCUAAUGACGCGGCUGAACAACUUGGACUCAGAACUAGCACAAGAACUUGGUGACUUUCCUGAAGAUGACUUGGAUGUUGUCUUUACACCCAAAGAGUGCAGGACUUCACAGCCCUCUAUGCCAGAAGAUGGGGUUGAGCUGGACUCACAUGUCAGAGACUGUGUUCAGACGUAUAUCCGGGAGUGGCUCAUUGUGAAUCGAAAGAACCAAGGGAAUUCGGAUACUUGUAGCCUGAAAAACAAGGGAUCUCGAAAAGAUUUUCACAAGACGCUUCAGAAACAAACAUUUGAAUCGGAAACAUUGGAUUCCAGCGAUGCAAACUUUCAGGUGGGGCCCCGACACAUCCAUGCACUCCCUGAGGAGGCCUCGAGGACGACCCUUGCCUCCUCCGACUUUGACCUGCGCAGCCUGCAGCCGGACCCCCGCCUGGAAAACCUGCUGCGGCAUGUCAGUGCCGAGGAAUUCGAGAGGCAGAACGAGGAGGCACGGCGCACCAACAGGCAUGCCGAGCUCCUCGCCCUCUACCCCUCUGUGGAUGAGGAAGAUGCAGUGGAGAUACGGCCGGUGCCGGAUCGCCCAAAGGAACAUCUGGGCAACCGGAUUUUGGUGAAGCUGCAGACCUUGAAGUUUGAUAUAGAGAUCGAACCUCUGUUUGCAUGCAUAGCUCUCUAUGAUAUAAAAGAAAGAAAAAAGAUCUCAGAAAAUUUUCAUUGUGACCUCAACCCUGAUUCAUUAAGAGGAUUCUUGCGUUCUCAUACACCCUCCAUUGACUUGUCUACUCAGGCAAGAUCGGCAGUAUUUUCUGUCACUUAUCCCUCAUCGGAUAUAUACCUAGUAAUAAAGAUAGAAAAAGUGCUUCAGCAAGGAGAAAUUGGGGACUGUGCAGAACCCUACGUGGUUCUUAAAGAAAGUGAGGCUGGCAAGACAAAAGAAAAGAUUGAAAAACUGAAAGCCCAAGCUGAAUCUUUUUGUCAGCGGUUGGGGAAAUACAGAAUGCCAUUUGCCUGGAUUCCAAUAAGCCUAACUAAUUUCUUCAACCUUUCAACACUUGAACGAGAAGUACCUGAGGCCGAAGGUUUAAACGGGAAAGGAUCCACUGGUGACAAGAGGGCAACACUGCUACAGGCGAGAAGACUUUCUGAGAGAAGUCUCAGCUCAGAGGACAGCUAUCCAGUAUCAAAUUUCAAAACAACCUCUCUGACCUUCAGCACCUUCUUUAAACAGGAAGGAGACAGGCUCAGUGAUGAAGAUCUGUUCAAAUUUUUAGCUGAUUUCAAAAGAUCAUCUUCCUUGCAGAGAAGGAUUAAGACUUUACCAGGAACACUUAAAGUGGAGAUUUCCCCAGCUCCAGAAAACCUUGGUUAUUGUCUGACACCAGAAUUACUACCAGUAAAACCAUUUCCAGAAAACCGUAAUCGUCCUCACAAAGAGAUUUUGGAAUUCCCAAUUAGAGAAGUGUAUGUUCCCCAUACCAUUUAUAGAAAUCUCCUCUAUGUUUACCCUCAGAGGCUGAAUUUUGCUAACCGACUGGCUUCUGCAAGAAACAUUACCAUCAAGAUCCAGUUUAUGUGUGGCGAAGACCCGUCCUGUGCAAUGCCGGUAAUUUUUGGGAAAUCUUCAGGUCCAGAAUUUGUGCAAGAAAUGUACACAGCUAUCACAUAUCAUAAUAAGUCCCCUGACUUUUAUGAAGAAGUGAAAAUUAAGCUGCCUGCAAAACUCACAGAGAAACACCAUCUAUUGUUCACAUUCUAUCAUAUCAGCUGCCAGCCAAAGCAAGGAGCAUCUGUAGAAACCCUUCUCGGAUAUUCAUGGCUGCCAAUUCUAUUAAACGAUCGUCUUCAAACUGGACAUUAUUGUCUUCCUGUUGCAUUGGAUAAGCUGCCUUUCCACUAUUCAAUUCACUCUCCUGAGAAAGUUCCAUCUCAGGCACCACCUGUUAAGUGGGUUGAAGGACACAAGGGUGUUUUCAGUGUUGAUGUGCAAGCUGUUUCAUCUGUUCACACUCAGGACAAUCACCUGGAGAACUUCUUCACUCUGUGCCAUUCUCUGGAAAGUCAAGUGACAUUCCCCAUUCGACUGAUGGACCACAAGAUUACAGAGGCUACACUGGAACAUGAAUUGAAACUCAGCAUUAUCUGUUUGAAUUCUUCACGCCUUGAACCUCUUGUCUUGUUUUUACAUUUGGUACUAGAUAAACUUUUCCAGCUGGCUGUACAGCCCAUGGUCAUAGCUGGCCAGACAGCCAACUUCUCACAGUUUGCCUUUGAAUCUGUGGUUGCAAUAGUGAACAGUCUCCACAACAGCAAAGACCUGAGCAAAGACCAGCAUGGGAGGAACUGCCUGCUGGCGUCUUAUGUCUACUAUGUAUUUCGUCUGCCAGAUCCUCACAGAGAAGUAGUCAAACCAGGUGCAGGCAGCAGUGCUGUUUUGACAGAGUCUCGUUAUUACACAUUUGGACGCACUUCCGCAGUGUCUGUUGGGACUAAACUCCUGCAGAGCCGCGUGAUAAGCUGCAGCAAUCCUGACAUCACUGUUACACAAACUGCUGCUGAUGAGGAGGUCAAAAACAUCAUGUCAUCCAAGCCUAUGGAUCACAGCUCCAGUCGGAUGUCUUUCUAUGUUGAAGGAACAAAUGAUGUGCCAAGCAUUUGUGCAAGCCCACGACCAUCCAAUAAAAAGCAUUUCCACGAGGAGUUGGCACUGCAGAUGGUGGUCAGCACGGGUAUGGUGAGAGAAUCUGUCUUCAAGUAUGCCUGGUUCUUCUUUGAGCUCCUGAUCAAGAGUAUGGCUCAGUAUGUUCACAACAUAGAGAAGCAAGACAACCCACGAAGAAGCCGGUUCUCUGAUCGCUUCAAAGAUGAUAUCACCACUAUAGUUAAUGUGGUUACUUCAGAGAUUGCUGCACUUUUAGUCAAACCACAGAAGGAAAGUGAGCAAGCAGAAAAAAUUAAUAUCAGCUUGGCAUUUUUCUUGUAUGAUCUUCUUUCUUUAAUGGACCGAGGAUUUGUGUUUAAUCUCAUCAAACAUUACUGUAAUCAGCUCUCAAACAAGCUGAAUUCACUCUCCACCCUGAUUUCCAUGAGACUGGAGUUCCUGAGAAUUCUCUGUAGCCACGAGCACUACCUCAAUCUGAACCUCUUCUUCAUGACCUCUGCGUCUGCUCCAGCAUCCCCCUCUCCCUCCUUAUCCUCCCAGAACUCUAGCUCCUGCUCUAGUUUCCAGGACCAGAAAAUUGCUGGUAUGUUUGACCUCUCAGCCGAAUACCGUCAGCAGCACUUCCUGACCGGCUUACUUUUCACUGAAUUGGCAGCAGCACUGGACGCAGACAGCGAGGGGAUUAGCAAGGUGCAAAGAAAAGCUGUCAGUGCUAUCCUUAGCCUGCUGAGUUCCCAUGACCUAGACCCACGUUGCUCAAAAAAAGAGGUGAAGAUUAAAAUUGCAGCUCUCUACCUCCCUUUGGUUGGUAUCAUUUUGGAUUCACUGCCACAACUCCAUGAUUUUACAAUUUCAGAUGCCCGCAGUGGAAAGGGACGCACAGGAAACCCAGAAGAAGAACAAGAGUCUGCAGGUGCAAUCAACCAAAAUGUGGCCCUUGCCAUUGCAGGAAAUCAGUUCAACCUCCGGAGCUCUGGAAUAUCUCUGGUGUCCCUGCCAUACAGACAGAGUGCCACAUUAGGUCCUGAUACUACUCGCAACCUUUUGAUCUGUUACCUCUGGAUCAUGAAAAAUGCUGAUCAGAAUCUAAUACAGAAAUGGAUUGCAGACCUUCCAUCCAUGCAGUUGAACAGGAUUUUAGACCUCCUCUUCAUUUGUGUCUCAUGCUUUGAGUAUAAGGGCAAACAAAGCUCAGAUAAAGUUAGCACCCAAGCACUCCAGAAGUCACGAGAUGUUAAGGCCCGAUUAGAAGAGGCUUUACUGAGAGGUGAAGGAGCCAGAGGAGAAAUGAUGAAGCGCUGCAGAAUACCAGCUGGGAAUGACAGAUCAGCGGGGCUAAAUGAAAACCUGCGCUGGAGAAAGGAGCAGACUCACUGGCGACAGGCAAAUGAGAGACAAGAUAAGACAAAAGCUGAGCUGGAUCAAGAAGCUCUGAUCAGUGGAAACCUGGCAACUGAAGCUAACCUGAUCAUUCUUGAUAUGCAAGAGAACAUCAUCCAGGCAAGCUUUGCAGCAGAGUGCAGAGAUAAUCUUUUGGGAGGAGUUUUGAAGGUCCUGGUAAAUUCUCUUGGCUGUGAUCAGAGCACCACUUACCUGACUCAUUGCUUUGCUACACUCAGAGCGCUCAUUGCUAAGUUUGGAGAUUUCCUGUUUGAAGAGGAGGUCGAACAGUGUGCUGACCUGUGUCAAAGAGUUCUCCAUCACUGUAGCAGCAGCAUAGAUAUUACACGGACUCAAGCCUGUGCCACUCUUUAUCUCCUGAUGAGAUACAGCUUCAGCUCUACCAGUAAUUUUGCAAGAGUGAAGAUGCAGGUGACCAUGUCACUAGCCUCUCUGGUUGGAAAAUCACCCGAGUUUAAUGAGGAAUUCCUUCGACGGUCCUUAAGAACCAUCCUAGCCUAUGCAGAGGAAGAUGCAGAUAUGCAGGCAACUCCAUUUCCCAUUCAGGUAGAGGAGCUGCUGUGUAAUCUGAAUAGCAUCCUGUCAGAUACAGUGAAAAUGAGGGAAUUUCAAGAAGAUCCAGAGAUGCUCAUGGAUCUCAUGUACAGAAUUGCCAAAGGAUACCAGACAUCGCCCGACUUGAGGCUGACUUGGCUGCAGAACAUGGCAGAGAAGCACACCAAGAGGAAGUGCUACACAGAAGCAGCCAUGUGUCUGGUCCAUGCUGCAGCACUUGUGGCAGAGUACCUCAGCAUGCUUGAAGAUCGAAGCUAUCUCCCAGUGGGCAGUGUCAGCUUUCAGAACAUUUCAUCCAAUGUGCUGGAGGAAUCUGCUGUUUCAGAUGAUGUUUUGUCUCCAGAUGAAGAUGGUAUAUGUUCUGGGAGGUAUUUCUCAGAAAGUGGCCUGGUAGGGCUGCUGGAACAAGCAGCAGAGCUCUUCAGUACGGGAGGAUUGUAUGAAACUGUGAACGAGGUGUACAAAAUUGUCAUCCCCAUACUGGAAGCACAUCGAGACUUCAGGAAGCUUACCUUGACACACAGCAAGCUACAGAAGGCCUUUGACAGCAUUAUUAAUAAGGGUCAAAAGCGAAUGUUUGGAACUUACUUCCGUGUUGGUUUCUAUGGAUCCAAAUUUGGGGACUUGGAUGAACAGGAAUUUGUUUAUAAGGAGCCUGCAAUUACCAAACUUCCUGAGAUUUCUCACAGGUUAGAGGGAUUUUAUGGCCAGUGUUUUGGGGAGGAUGCUGUGGAAGUGAUUAAGGACUCUGCUCCUGUAGACAAAAGAAAGCUGGAUCCCAAUAAGGCAUACAUACAAAUUACUUUUGUGGAGCCAUAUUUUGAUGAGUAUGAGAUGAAAGACAGGGUAACCUAUUUUGAGAAGAACUUCAACCUCUGUCGGUUCAUGUACACUACACCUUUCACCAUGGAUGGGCGCCCCAGAGGAGAGCUUAGUGAGCAGUACAAGAGGAACACCAUCCUAACCACAAUGCAUGCUUUCCCCUACAUCAAAACUAGAAUCAAUGUCAUCCAAAAAGAAGAGUUUAUUUUAACCCCAAUUGAAGUUGCUAUUGAAGAUAUGCGAAAAAAAACACAGGAACUAACUGCAGCCACCAACCAAGAACCACCAGAUGCCAAAAUGCUCCAGAUGGUUUUGCAGGGCUCAGUUGGAGCCACUGUAAAUCAGGGACCGCUAGAGGUAGCGCAAGUGUUCCUGGCUGAAAUUCCAGCAGACCCCAAACUUUAUCGGCAUCACAACAAGCUGAGGUUGUGCUUCAAAGAGUUUAUAAUGAGGUGCGGUGAAGCAGUGGAGAAAAACAAGCGCCUUAUUACUGCUGACCAACGGGAAUAUCAGCAAGAGCUCAGAAAGAACUAUGGGAAGCUGAAGGAGAACCUGAGGCCCAUGAUUGAGAGGAAGAUCCCAGAGCUGUACAAACCUGUAGUGAAAAUCCAUAGCACAAGGGAAUCUUUUCGUAACCACAGUUUUAGGAAAUAUGAUGCCCAAACUUCUUCACAAAGCACCUAAGGACUAGCUGCUUUGGCCAAGGAAGAGCUUCCUGCUGCAAGCCAGAAGUGAUGGGGUAUUCAACAUCUACGAAAUCAGAAGUCUGUCACAAGACAGCAUGUGCACUUUCUGGACAGCAUGCAGUAAAGCAUUUACACAAGAUCACUAAAUGAAAACCAGGGGAUGACUCCUAAUCAACCACAGCUCGUGAGGGCUUGGGAAGGAAGGGGAUGCUUUUUAGAUACUUUUGCAUAUAUUGUAAAAUAAUCACAUAAUGUGGAGGGGUGGACCAUUAGAGUAGUUAGUGGCAUGAGGUCAGUCGCCUCCAGCUAACAGGUACAGAACUCUGUGCAGUUUGGUUGAGGUGUUACAUGAAACCAAAUAAUGUGUCUAAGGGACGGGGACAAAUUAUGUCUAUUUAUGGUCCUUUUCCAAGACAGCAUUUAUCCAUGUGCUUUUGGCAAUGGAGCACAUUCUGCAAGUUAAUCACAUGCUUAAAUGCUGUCUUAAUGAAGAGGGAUAUGGUCCCCUGCUCAGUGUUUGCUGAGCUGGAGCUGUAGGAAAGAAUAAUUUCCUCAGUGAGUUUCUGUCAUCAGUUUCUAUCAUGGUCCUUAACUGCAGGGAGAGUUCUGCACAAGUUUUCUCAACCAAAGCUUGGAAAGCAAGAAGUAGCAAUAAGUAAUUCUUAUAGAUCUUCUGAUUUUUUUUCUAAGUAUAGGGACUACUACUUGACAUGCAGUUGGAUUUCUUAAUAAUCAGUGUCAUGUGUAGCAGAGCUAACAAGUAAUAGUUUAAAAAGAAGAUGCUAAGCUAUGAGUGAUUCUUUUAUUAUACAAUGCUCUUACGUAGAUAACCUUAUCCAAAAUUAACUACAGAAGCGCACAGUGAGGAUUUUGUACACAGCACUUCGCUCAGGCCUUACUGCAACUUAAGAGAAACUAGCGUGUAAUUUAUAAUACCUAAUGCUUAGUAUUUUCUGAACCCUGAGCAAACAUUUUACUAGAUAAUCUUUACAGUACUUCCCUGAAGUAAGAAAAUACUAUUGCAAUUUUGCAGAUGAGGAUGUUGAGAGACAGAGAGAGAGAUUAGGUCUUUGGAACUCAUUUAGUGAGGCAAAAGCAGAGCCACAAUUUGUGUUGUGACCAUGCUUACCAUGUAAUGUUUGUAUUUUGAAACAAAGAUUUAUGAAAGCAUCCCUCGAUAUUACUUUCUUCUCUCUACCUUUUCAGUGUUUUGGAAAUUAUAAUUUAAUGUUGAUUAAAGUAACUGAUCCCAUUUGCCCAAACACAGAAUUUAAUGUUAAAGUUAAAUGAAACAGUGAAAUUAAGUUUUUCCUUUGUACUUCAUUUUAGAAAAUUACAGUGAACUUUCUCAGAGCUGAUGCCACAUGUUCCUAAAUGCAAAUCCUUUUUGCUCUGAAAGUACAAGGGAGAUUGAGGCUGCUGCUUUUAGUGGAAACAUUUUGAUUUUUUAUGGUCAUCUGCAGCCUUGCCAUUUGAUAAUAGGAAUUUCCCAGCACUUCAUUGACAUCUGAGGAAGUCAGAUUUUGAAUGUGCUAUGUAGAAGAUUCACAGGGAUGAUGGAACAAGAUGAGGUGUGGAAUUAGGUGAAAUAAACACUGUAUUUAUACAGCAUUCAGAGUGUAAGAAAGCAUUUCCCUCCUCAUUCAUAGUAUUGUUAAAUGUAGUAAUCAGGAAUAAGUACUCUGUGAUUUUGGAGUGCAUCCAAAGUACAUAAGCAAAUGGUAUAAAAAGCUCAAAAGAUGCCCCCGUGGAGUGGAUUCUCUGUAUUCAAGUUGCUUUAAAACAGUUCUAAGUUGAAAAGAUGAUUAAUUUCCCAAAGCUUUGAAGCUAUGAGAUCUCUGCCUAUCAGAACCUAGCCUUUAUCUAUUGUUUUUAACAGCCUGUUGGGGAGGAAGGUCAGGUCGGAAUACUGUCAUCUAUCACCCCCAUAAUCCAACCUCAUUGUUUACAAGAUGGUUAUCCUUUAGAGCCUAAAUAACAGAAACCUCAGGUAAACAAAAAACCCUUAGAGGUGUACAAUAUACUAGGUAAAAGUAACCAAGUGUUUCUCGUUCACGUGCGGUCCUUGAACUGAAACAAUACUCAGGAUAAUAUGAAUACUGAAGGACUCUUCACUCACAUUUUAUAAGCUGAGUGCUCCUUGACCAGUUGGCCAGUCUUGCCCUCAGCUGGUAGCUCAUGUUGCCCCUUCUACAAAUGAAACAUGGUUUGCACAUUUCUUUGAAGAGCUGAAGUAUGUGAAGUGUAAAUUUCCUAUCUUAUAAUACUCAUUUUGCAAUAAAGUGACUUUCACAG